CCAUCAAGAGAUAGCUCGUCCGACCACAUCUCCGCCUGGGUUUAGAGUCUCAUUAUCAUCGGAGCUGUGAUCGGCGGCUUUUUCUUCAUUUUCAAUUUUUUUAUUGUAGAGUUAUCAGUUAGCCAAACAUAAGGUAGUUUAAAAAAUUUGCCCUUUAUUUUUUUAGUUAAGUUGGUCACUUGACGAAAGAGAAAAUGAACAGCGCACGAAAUGACGAAAGAAGUCAAAGAACUGACUCACUGCCUCGCAGAGUCGCAGUCGUCGCUUCCCUUUCCGACCCAUUACCCAUCAUCAACUCCAACUUCCAACAUCCAACUGAAAUCAAAUCUCCUCUCAAGGAACAAACAGUAGCACCAGCAACAGCUAACUGUGACUCUGAGAGACAGAGAGAUCACUCACCCUGACCCAAAAAAUCUCUUGCUUUAAAAUUUUGCAAUGGUCCCACCAUCACUCCUCCGUUUCUUCCUCGUUUUCUUAUUCAUCUCCAUACUCCUGCUAGACCUAUCUAUUUGUUCUCCUGUUUCUAUAUUUCUAAACCCCAGCAUCCUAUCCAAACCCGGUGACUCAGUCCGAAUUCAGUGGACCGGUGUCGGCUCCCCUUCCUCCCUUGAUUGGCUCGGUAUCUACUCACCCCCUGAUUCCCCUGAUGACAAUUUCAUCGGCUAUGUCUUCUUGUCUUCUUGCAACAAUUGGCAAUCCGGUUCGUGCUUCGUCGACCUCCCUCUGGUUAAUCUUCGUUCCAACUAUCAGUUCCGUAUCUUCCGAUGGACCGAGGACGAAGUCGACCGUUCCCGCCUCGACCAUGAUCACAACCCCUUACCCGGAACUAAGCACCUCUUGGCCAAAUCGGAGGAGUUGGGUUUCGAGACCGGUCGUGGCCCGGAACAGAUUCAUUUGUCGUUCACCACCAAGGUUGAUGAGAUGAGAGUUAUGUUUGUUACUGCGGAUGGGAAGGAGAGUUUUGUGAAGUAUGGGGAGAGAGAACAUCGGUUGGAUAACGUUGCUGUGACUGAGGUGAGGACGUAUGAGCGCUUGGAUAUGUGUGAUUCCCCUGCCAAUGAGAGUAUUGGGUGGAGGGAUCCUGGGUUUAUUCAUGAUGGGGUUAUGACCAACUUGAAGAGUGGAAUCAGAUACUAUUACAAGGUUGGAAGUGAUAAAAGAGGAUGGAGCAAAACUCAUAGUUUUAUCUCACGGGACUGGGACUCAGAUGAAACAGUUGCUUUUCUGUUUGGAGAUUUGGGGACCUCAAUCCCAUAUGCAACCUUUCUUCGUACACAAGCAGAAAGCAUAUUGACCAUGAAGUGGAUCCUACGAGACAUCAAAGCCCUUGGUGAUAAACCCACCUUCAUUUCACACAUUGGUGACAUCAGCUAUGCAAGAGGCUAUUCAUGGUUGUGGGACACUUUUUUUACUCAGAUUGAACCUAUUGCUUCUAAGGUCCCAUACCAUGUCUGUAUUGGCAACCAUGAGUAUAACUGGCCCUUACAGCCCUGGAGACCUGACUGGGCUCGGACUAUCUAUGGGAGAGAUGGAGGUGGUGAAUGUGGAGUCCCAUACAGCCUUAGGUUCAAUAUGCCUGGAAACUCAUCUUUCAUAACUGGGACUCGAGCUCCAGCCACACGAAACCUUUAUUACUCAUUUGAUGUUGGGGUUGUGCAUUUCGUGUAUAUGUCAACAGAGACCAAUUUCCUUCCAGGGAGUGACCAGUACAACUUCCUAAAACAUGACUUGGAGACUGUUGAUCGCAAGAAGACUCCUUUUGUUGUUGUGCAAGGUCAUCGUCCUAUGUACACGACAAGUAGUGGGGCGAAGGAUGCACCCUUGAGAAAGAAAAUGCUUGAGCAUUUGGAACCUCUAUUUGUGGAGUAUAAGGUGACCCUUGCUCUAUGGGGCCACGUCCACAGGUAUGAGAGGUUCUGUCCAAUGAAAAACUUCUCCUGUGCAGGCACAAGCCUCAACGGGAACGAUACAGAGGAUUUACCAGUGCACGCAGUAAUUGGAAUGGCUGGACAAGACUGGCAAUCAAUCUGGGAUCCAAGGCCUGGCCAUGUAAAUGAUCCAAUCUACCCCCAACCCCACCAAUCUUUGUACAGGACAGGUGAGUUUGGGUAUACUAGGCUUGUUGCUACAAGAGAAAAGCUAACGCUGAUUUAUGUUGGAAACCAUGAUGGAGAGGUGCAUGACAUGGUUGAGAUCCUGGCAUCUGGCCAGGUUCUCAAUGAUGGUAGUAGCAGUGGCAAAGAGGUGAUAGAAUCUGAACUGUCAUGGUUGAAGGGAGGGAGUAUCCUCUUGUUUGGGGCAUUCCUGGGUUAUGUAACCGGAUUUAUAUCACAUGCAAGGAGGGAAUCCAUAUUUAGAGGGAGCUGGACUGCUGUCAAGAAGCAUGAAAGAUGAGGCUUGUGAUCAUUUGUGCAAUUGGUUGGCAAAUCUCUACGAUCUAGAGGCUAGACCAUUGUGGAUAUUUCAAAUUCCAAAUCAACAGAUGAAGCAGAUUAAGCUCUUAUCAUCCUGUCGAGAUAGGAGAAAAAGAAAACUGGCAGCCUUCAAAUGUUUUUUGUUAUACCAUAUAAACCUCUGAAAAUCUGUGUGGAGUUUACCCUUUGUGAUUAGUGAUUCUGUAUAUUUAUAAUGUAAUUUUUGUCAAACAUGGAUGUCCUUAAAUUCCAUUAAUG